UAUAACCCAUGAACCUAGGUUUUCAGUUUGGCUUACCGAAAUUGGGUUUUGUGCCUUACCAUUUCGAAGGCGGUCUAGACUUCUCUGCAGCGUCUCGUGGACAAAAACAAGUACUUUUCCCUAUUCGACUCCGAAAUGGGGAUUUAAGCUUUCUACUUUCGUCAUGCCAUGCUGUAUGCACCUAUGCGUCUGGACUCCACAGCAGAAGGCUUUUUGGGUUGUCCGCUCGAAUAAUUCCGCUACCAACACGCUCCACAAUCUCAGGAAAGUCCCGCGGAAUCGAACUCGGAAGGGCACCUAGGCGACGGUGUUGCAUCGUCAAGCACAGCACGUUCCAGGAGAAAUGUAACUUACGCUGAUGUCAGCAUCCAAUCGCAGACGCGCAGCGGAGUGGUUUAUUAGCUGAGUAUGCUGGAUGCGUCUCGUGCCCAUCGCUGCAGUACCAAGUCAUGAUGUUCAAGGUAAAUCGUGAACCUUUAACCCCAGAGCUUACACAAGAGCUGCGCGAGCAGAGCAAGACGGCUUUAAGCGUUCUCGUUGCAUUCCUCACGUCAGCUUUUUCAUCAUCCAAUGUAUUGCGAGCCGUUGCCCUUGGUCUCCUCUUGUACACGGUCAGCUUGUAUACCCUCACUUGCGUGGGGUACUUUCAGGGUAUUCCUAUCUUUAAAUGUGCCUGCCUUCAUACCGUCCCUUUCAUUGGCAUCAUUAUUAUGGCCACCGUGGAGCUAGUGCUUGCAGUGCGGUCACCAGGUGUCAUAGUAAUGAUGCUCGUACUUUGCAUCCUCCCUCCUUUCGCAGGCGGCGUUCAACGUAUAUGGUGGAUACAGAACAAACCUGCCACUGCACAUUCGGAGGGUUGUGGGUGUACGAGUUGUAAAGCGAACCCCGAAGUAUGACCAUCAAUAUAGCUCGCGCUACACUUUAACACCCAGCCAACACAACAUACCAUCCAAUCUUCCCUAUACCCCCGUGUGCUUAAAAUAUGUAGAGCGUUGCGCCUGUACUCAAAAGCAAGUGU